GGCCAACAUUGCAUAAAUCCAGAGGUUCCGUUUUCAAUUUCAUUGAUUUUUCUCUGACUCGCAUCUUCUUUCUUCUUCCUCUCGCGUCCGAUUUCCCAGGGGAGACAGAAAAUGGCGAGGAGACCCGACGAAGAAUACGAUUAUUUGUUCAAGGUGGUCUUAAUCGGUGAUUCGGGUGUUGGGAAGUCCAAUCUCCUUUCGCGAUUCACCCGCAAUGAAUUUUGCUUGGAGUCCAAGUCCACCAUUGGUGUUGAAUUCGCCACUCGUACCCUAGAGGUUGAGGGGAGAACCAUCAAAGCUCAAAUAUGGGAUACUGCGGGACAGGAACGAUACAGAGCAAUAACCAGUGCCUACUAUCGUGGUGCUCUUGGAGCUCUUCUGGUCUAUGACGUAACAAAACCUACAACAUUCGAGAACGUUAGCCGUUGGCUAAAGGAGCUUAGGGACCAUGCUGAUGCUAACAUUGUGAUCAUGUUGAUUGGGAACAAGACAGAUCUGAAGCAUCUUCGAGCUGUCGCCACGGAAGAUGCCCAGAGUUACGCCGAGAAAGAAGGCCUUUCGUUCAUCGAGACGUCUGCUCUUGAAGCUACCAAUGUUGAGAAGGCUUUUCAGACGAUUCUUGCAGAGAUAUACCGCAUCAUCAGCAAGAAGUCACUGUCUUCCGGUGAGCCUGCGCCUUCUUCUGUUAAAGAAGGGAAGACUAUAACAGUUGGGGGAGCUGAGCCAGCAAAGAAGCCUUGCUGUACAUCUUCUUGAAGUAAUUGUAACUUGCAUUAGUUUUCCCUACACCUUUCUCGGUUUUCCAGUAUCAUACUAUCAUUAUAUCACAUGUGGGUUGUUAAAUUUGCUUGUUUUGUUUAUCAUUCUUUUGGAACAAUAUUUUGUUGUUACAAAGUUUUAUAAUGAUUUCUUACGGUUGUUUUGCGCAUUGCGA